CGUAUGCUGUGCUUCCACUUGGCUGAGUCCGCAUGCCCUGCUCCUAGCUAUAGUACACAACUAGUACUUCUUAUAAGCUUGACAUGCAUCACUGUCUUCUCAUGACUGAGAUCCUCGAAGUCAUAUUCCAUUUUGUGUUCAGUGAAUGGGAAGACUCAAUUCAAGUUCUUAAUGACAGAUCACCAUUGCCUACACUCUUACUGUCUCCGUACACUCAAGGCCGCUCCCUUCUCCACAUCGCACUCACAUACCGUGUAUUUUUCGACCCAGCACUCAAUGUCCUUUAUUCUCGCAUGGUUGUCACUCGCCCGAAGUCUCCUCUGAUUCAUGAACGGUUGACUUUCAUAUGCACACCUUUCCCAACAGAUUGUGAACUGUAUUUGCGGGCAUUGGUCCUCCAAGCUGCAUGUGUCCAGAUCCUCUUCAAUCCUUGGUUCAACGACAACUUGAACGACACGUUCAAUGCAUUCAUUCUUGCAAACACGCCAAAAGACGUCCCGCUCUUUCCGAGGCUGCACGAGCUCGCAUGGUUCGACAUGCAUCUCACCUCCAUCCCAGCCCUCAGCCUCCUCCUACCCACCCUCGAGACCCUUUAUAUCGGAGUGUCAUCCCCUCCAUUCCACAAGGCUAUCAUCCCACACCUUCAUACUGCCGCACCGCGCCUCAAAGCUCUUGAGUUCAUGGGACUCAACACCAUCUGCAACGACCCCUCGGACAUGAAGUCGCUUAUUCCCAGCUAUUCUGGGGGUCUCAUAGAGAUGUCGUUCGGAGGCUGCAACAUAUCAAGCAACCUGCUCCAUGUCAUCGCCACAUGGCCACGCCUUCGGUGGCUCACCAUGGUGCUGGACUCUAAAAGCAUCCCUACCGUACCUUUUAAUGUGCCCCAGCCCUUUCCUGCACUCCAUCACCUGCAUAUCUUAUACGAGGAUCUGAGAAUUUCCGAAUCUUUCCUGUGCGCCCCAAUCUCAAAAAAAACAGAUCGAUGCAUGCAAAUGCAGCCCAGACAACGUCUGGCAUUCCUCAGCAUUCUCACCUGCGCAAAGCUAGAGCACAUCAUUCUCGCCCAGACCUGUGUCCAGAGCGUGUGGUUCUGCCACAGGACUUCAUCCAUUGAGCUUCACCCCCUCCUCAUGCGCCCUACCUCUCUUGCAGACCUCAAGACCCUCAUCAUCUCCGGCGCCCACGCCAUACCCAUCGUACUUAAUGACACCAACAUCCUCAUGCUUGCUCGCACAUGCCCAUACCUUGAGAUCCUUGAUCUACGGGCGCGCAACAUGCCCGUAUCCCUGUAUACCUUAGACACUCUUGUAAGGAGCUGCCAUGAGCUACGCCGUGUCUCCAUCCGCGUUGACAUGGGGCUCAAAGCGCUCAGAGCAAUGCCUCCCAUCAACGACAACGAUCAAGCGGGUCUGCAACCCAACUCGGCCCUGAUCAAACUGGACGUCGGGAGUCGCCCAUCGCAUGCGUGGGUCCCUUGAAACCACCAAUGGCGCCAGAUUUGAUGAUGUCGAUCCCACGGUUCCUGCACGCAAUGGCGCCGCGCCUUGCAAGCAUUGUGAUGACCCCGAAAAACAGGACAUUUGGGACUGUGCCUGGUGAUGAGAGGUGGAAGAUGGUGUCGAACACUUUGUCGACUAUGGUGAAAGGUGCAUAGUGGGACUGAUGAUUUUAUGUUUCUGGGGGGAUGGUUUAAAUGGGCGUUUGGGCGGUGAGAUUGUUAGGUGGCCAGGGGGAUGUGUGCGCGCGAGGUGAUGUGGG